CUACAAAUUCCAACAAACUCUCACUACGGCUCCGGCAACGUUACGGAUGUUCUUUCACGACUGCUUCGUCGAGGGAUGUGAUGCGUCUGAAUCUCAAUGUCCCGGCGUUGUGUCAUGUGCCGAUAGAGCUCUCGCCGCCAGAGACGUUGUCGUCAGCGUUGGAGGGCCAGAGUUUAAGGUGGAACUAGGUAGACGAGACGGGCUCGUGUCGAAAGCAUCUAGAGUGACCGGGAAGUUACCUGAACCAGGGCUUGACGUGAGAGGUCUAGUCCAGAUCUUUGCUAGUAACGGGCUUUCAUUGACCGACAUGAUUGCUCUCUCAGGCGCACAUACCAUUGGAUCCUCUCACUGCAACCGUUUCGCCAACCGUCUCCACAACUUCUCGACGUUCAUGCCCGUGGACCCUACGAUCGACCCGGCCUACGCACAGCAGCUGACAAAAGACUGCUCUAACCCCGAUCCUGACUUCGUCGUACCCCUGGACCCAACCACCAGAGAUACCUUCGACAAUAGCUACUUCCAGAACCUUGUGGCUCGAAGAGGCCUUCUCACCUCCGAUCAAGCUCUGUUUAACGAUCUCUCGUCUCAGGCUACGGUGGUUAGGUUUGCUACCAACGCCGAAGAAUUCUAUGGCGCUUUUAGCUCUGCUAUGAGGAAUCUUGGCCGCGUUGGGGUUAAGGUUGGGAACGAAGGAGAGAUACGAAGGGAUUGCUCUGCUUUUAAUUAGCUUUAUUGAAGAGAUUUUUAAAACAUAAAACAUAUAAAUUCUGAGCUUUUGAUUUAAGCUUUUGCUAUAUUUCAUAAUCCACAAUGGAACUUCUCGAAUUGUAGUGUUUUAAGCUAUAAUUCAGGAUACUCAGAUUCCAAAACAUUAUUUCAAAAUCAAGCUCACUGAAAUUU